ACCUUUCUUGUUUCUUUUUGGAGCCGCCCAAAUCACAAAGCAUUCUCUCUCUCACAUACACACGCAGAGACAGCGUCUCUAAAGGGGAUGUGGGGUAGUUCAGAAGGCGGUGCGCCGGAGGUCACUCUCGAAACCUCCAUGGGUUCUUUUACCGUUGAGAUGUACUACAAGCAUGCCCCUAGAACUUGCAGAAACUUCAUCGAACUCUCUCGCAGAGGUUAUUACGACAACGUCAAAUUCCACAGAAUUAUUAAGGAUUUUAUAGUCCAAGGCGGUGACCCUACUGGUACAGGAAGGGGUGGAGAAUCUAUCUAUGGUUCAAAAUUUGAGGAUGAGUUAAAUCCAAAGUUAAAGCAUACUGGGGCUGGUAUUAUGUCCAUGGCUAAUGCUGGUCCAAAUACAAAUGGAAGCCAGUUCUUUAUUACUUUGGCACCAGCACAAUCACUAGAUGGGAAGCACACAAUAUUUGGAAGAGUAAGUAAAGGAAUGGAGAUUAUCAAGAGACUCGGGAGUGUUCAGACUGAUAACAAUGAUAGACCCAUCCAUGACGUAAGGGUACUGCGCACAAUAGUCAAAGAUUGAUUUGGUACGGGCGGCAAAGACAAAGCAUAGUUUGCUGAAAUGGUCAUAGCUCCACUGAGGUUUUUGAUCUCCUCGUAUGCAUUCAACGUGGGAGGACGCCUAUCAUUAGCGGAAGUGAUAUGGAGCUUUUGUAUCAUCUGGGUGUAUUUCUUUUGCAUUAUGCUUUAUUCCCAUCUUUUGUAAUGGUAUGUUUCUGUGAAAUAACCAUUUUGUUGCAAUCUCAGUAUCUCACUUUUGAAGGGAAUUGAUACCCCUUUGGAAAAUUAUACUUUUUUUUCAAUUA